GAUUCCUUGUGUGGGAUUUGUUUAAGUCUUUUGUGGUUUCGUCUGCAUUUCUUGUUGCAAUGCAGAAAAUCUGGUUACGGUUUCCUGUUGUCUUAGGGGACAGCAGGCUCCUCGCUGCCACUUGUCAGAAUGCCCAGGCCAUGGUACCGUGCUCCUGGUAAGGGACAGUGACUUCUGUUGAAAGUGUCCCGUUUUCUCUGAAGAGACAGAUUCUGAGAGUGUGCCGGAUACCUUUCCCAUGGAAGAACCAAUCAGCCUGCCAGUGUCAGACGAAGAACCAGAACAAAUACAGGACACCAGUACACUUGCUGAACCUGAGCAAUAUUCAGCUCCUGGGCAAAAAGGCAAGACUGCUGGACGCGGUGAUCCGAGCAAGUACUACAUCCUAGGGAUCAUAGCAGCCGCAGCUUUGCUUCUGCUUGGGGCACUGGCUGGGUGUAUAGUCAUGUAUGUGCUGCUGAAGAGACACAUGAGGACCCAGGAGGACAGAGAAGCACCAAGACAAUUAUCCACUGACUCUUCCUGGGCAUGCCAUGAUCAGCCUAGAGACAGAGGUGAAACAGAGUCAGCAGAAGGAGCCGGAAUGGGCGAGAGAGCCCAAGCCAACAGGUUCGGGGACAGCUGCCAUUUGUUUUCUGAGGUCUUUGCAGCAGAGCUUGCCCAGCUGUACAAGAACAUGGGUGCAGACCCUUCACCUCUGCCUACGUGUCCCUUCUGUGCUCUGGCUGAUGGUGCCUCUUCACGGGACCACUGGAUUUCCCUGGACUCACCUCAGCCCACACCAUCCUUCUGCUCUUGCUACCAGUACCAGCAGGAGCACUUUAUAGUAGAGGACAAUAGUUGUUUUAGUGCUAGCACGUAAAUAAAUAUAUUUCUAAAUGCAGUAAGUUUUUGCCUCUUGUGGCUUUUUCCUUAGAGCCACCUCUGGGCUGUCUCUCAUGGGCCUCUCAGCAGCCUCUGAGACUUACACCUCCUAGAGAGCAGCCCAAGCCUGUUCUCUGAAGACAGCUUUGCCUCAACCCUUGAAUCAAGCCUCACAAA